AUGGAUAUCAUCUCCUACCUCUGGGAAAUUGCCCAUCAUAUGAUUGCGUAUGCUUCAAUGAUGAUACCGAAACUAAUAACACAAGACGUCGAUGGGACUAUUAUUCCAAGACAUAAAGCUCUUGGUAUCCUUAACCAAGUAGCUUCGGUCUACGAUAUUGCAGCUAAGUCAAUGGGAAAUCCAGAGUCAAGCGUCUAUAACACCAGUAUGAACUCUGUGUCCGUCCAGGCACAUUUGCUGUUGGCAAUUGUUUGCCGCCUGAAGAAUGGCAGUGCCCCAUUUGAGAAUGGCCCUACAGCCCCACGAGAUAUGCAAGAGGAUCCAUCAAGCUCAAGCAUGUUAUGGAUCGAAGAUCAGCUUAAUAGAUCAAUGUUCUUCUCUGGUGCAAGAAUGCACACUGAGCAGGACGAGUACGCUGGUCUCGACGUUCAAGCGGUUGAGCAGUCUGAUGGAAUGGAUACACUCAUUCCAGAAACCUACGAAGAAUUCAAUCUGAUGCUGGAUAAUGGAUUUAUCAAUUCCAGGUACUUCGAUGCGGGGCUGGUUCCAUGGGACGAGCCUGGUAUAUUUAUCCAGCCCCAUUAA